GCUAUGCUUAAGCAACAAUGAUGUCAUUAAAGACUUUAUUGUUGCCUAUAUGCCUCUUUCAAGUUCUAAGUGUUGUUCUGAUUUGCUAGAAUCAUUAUUUCAGCAAUCCUUCAAGAUCGUCGCGUGGCGCAGAUGUAGGCGUCGUAAAUUCGUUCCAUAGGACUUGACUUAAAUUCUGCCUCUGAAAAUCUGUUCAAGCCCCUCCCGCAUUUAAGUAAGGCUCAUGUUUCCCAUACAUUAUCAUCAGUAACUCACCACCAAACUUCCAACAACAAGCUACUAUCGUCAACUGCUUUCAACCAGCUAUAUCCGACAUCGAAACAGCCCUCAACUUCGCAAAGACCACUCUAUCAAUAUGCUUAGCUUCUUCAUACAUUCCUGCGCCUUGCUGGUCAUCGCUUCCGUUAUUCGGGUCACCCGCAGCAAGUUAAUCGUGGUCAUCGACCGGCACAUCAUGCCGCACUACAAGACGAUCGUGAGCGGGGGCAGACAAAUCCAGAAUACGCUUCAUCUUCCCGAAAUUCUCUGCGUCUUCGCCGACGUGGAGCCUGGUAUGCGGAGAGCAGGCGUGCGGGACGCAAUCGAGUUUGCGUUGCUCGCGAGCACUUUCAUUCCUGUGGUGUUGCUCGCUGCGUUCAUGGCAGGGAGGUUUUGGCGCUUAUUGGUAUAUUGCAUAAGUUUCUGCGUUGUGAGGUCUAGUGUAAGGUGGAUACAGCUUAUUUUUGAAAAGAGGCAAUUGUUGAGUGAAGGGUGGAAUGAGCAGAAGGAAACGGAGGAUAGUCUUGAGGAACUGCAGAAACGUGAUAGCCAAAACUCUGUCAACACUUUCGUGGGCACCUUGAUACUCACUCAAUUAGCAUGGUCUAGUUUAUAGUGUUCCAAGGCAUUGCAUGGUAAGGAUAGCCAGGGGAUAUCUCUUUAGCCAGACAGACGGCCAUCGCUGUAUACUAUGAUUCUUUUAUCUAUAUCAGAGAAUUAGAGAUAUCAUGAAUAAGAGGCGGAGGUUUCAUAUAUACUGUAACCACAAUUCUACCGUAUUCUCAAUCCGUCUUCACUGC